CGCGGGAGGGAGCGCAGGGGCGCAGGGGCGCAGGGGCGCGGGGCGCAGGGCGCGGGCGCGAGCGCAGCGAAGGAACGAGGCGGGCGCGGAGCCCGGCCCGGGAGCCCGCGAGAGCACAGCGCCGCCUGCCAGCGUGAGAAAGAGGCCGGGAGCGGCCGCCGCAGCCCGCGGGACCGUCCGCCGCGCGUGUGCGCCCCCGCCCCGCCGGCCAGCGCAGGAGGCCGCCGUCCGGGCACAGUGGGCAGCCGGGGGGCAGGCAUGCCGCCGCUCCUGGCACCCCUGCUCUGCCUCGCGCUGCUGCCCGCGCUCGCCGCACGAGGCCUGCGAUGCUCCCAGCCCGGUGAGACCUGCCUGAAUGGCGGGAAGUGUGAAUCGGCCAAUGGCACGGAGGCCUGCGUCUGCGGCGGCGCCUUUGUGGGCCUGCGAUGCCAGGACUCCAACCCGUGCCUCAGCACCCCCUGCAAGAACGCUGGAACAUGCCACGUGGUGGACCGUGGAGGCGUGGCGGACUAUGUCUGCAGCUGUCCCCUGGGUUUCUCUGGGCCCCUCUGCCUGACACCCCUGGACAACGCCUGCCUCUCCAACCCCUGCCGCAACGGGGGCACCUGCGACCUGCUCACGCUCAUGGAGUACAAGUGCCGCUGCCCACCCGGCUGGUCAGGGAAAUCGUGCCAGCAGGCUGACCCGUGCGCCUCCAACCCCUGCGCCAACGGCGGCCAGUGCCUGCCCUUCGAUGCCUCCUACAUCUGCCACUGCCCACCCAGCUUCCACGGCCCCACCUGCCGGCAGGAUGUCAACGAGUGCAGCCAGAACCCCGGGCCCUGCCGCCACGGAGGAACCUGCCACAACGAGGUCGGCUCCUACCACUGCGCCUGCCGAGCCACGCACACCGGCCCCAACUGCGAGCGGCCCUACGUGCCCUGCAGCCCCUCGCCCUGCCAGAACGGGGGCACCUGCCGCCCCACCGGCGACACUACCCACGAGUGUGCCUGCCUGCCAGGCUUCACUGGCCAGAACUGCGAGGAGAAUAUCGACGACUGUGCAGAAAACAGCUGCAAGAACGGGGGCGCCUGCGUGGACGGCGUGAACACCUACAACUGCCGCUGCCCGCCAGAGUGGACAGGUCAGUACUGCACUGAGGACGUGGACGAGUGCCAGCUCAUGCCAAACGCCUGCCAGAACGGAGGGACCUGCCACAACACCCACGGCGGCUACAACUGUGUGUGCGUCAACGGCUGGACGGGCGAGGACUGCAGCGAGAACAUUGACGACUGCGCCAGCGCCGCCUGCUUCCACGGCGCCACCUGCCACGACCGCGUGGCCUCCUUCUACUGCGAGUGUCCCCACGGCCGCACAGGUCUGCUGUGCCACCUCAACGAUGCGUGCAUUAGCAACCCCUGCAACGAGGGCUCCAACUGCGACACCAACCCCGUCAACGGCAAGGCCAUCUGCACCUGCCCCUCGGGGUACACGGGCCCGGCCUGCAGCCAGGACGUGGACGAGUGCUCUCUGGGUGCCAACCCCUGCGAGCAUGCGGGUAAAUGCAUCAACACGCUGGGCUCCUUCGAGUGCCAGUGUCUGCAGGGCUACACGGGCCCCCGCUGUGAGAUCGAUGUCAACGAAUGCGUCUCGAACCCGUGCCAGAACGAUGCCACCUGCCUGGACCAGAUCGGGGAGUUCCAGUGCAUCUGCAUGCCCGGCUAUGAGGGCACGCACUGUGAAGUCAACACAGACGAGUGUGCCAGCAGCCCCUGCCUGCACAACGGCCGCUGCCUGGACAAGAUCAAUGAGUUCCAGUGCGAGUGUCUCAUGGGCUUCACUGGGCACCUGUGCCAGUAUGAUGUGGAUGAGUGUGCCAGCACCCCCUGCAAGAAUGGCGCCAAGUGUCUGGACGGACCCAACACUUACACCUGCGUGUGCACAGAAGGGUACACGGGGAUGCACUGCGAGGUGGACAUUGAUGAGUGUGACCCCGACCCCUGUCACUACGGCACCUGCAAGGACGGCGUCGCCACCUUCACCUGCCUCUGCCGCCCGGGCUACACGGGCCACCACUGCGAGACCAACAUCAACGAGUGCUCCAGCCAGCCCUGCCGCCACGGGGGCACCUGCCAGGACCGCGACAACGCCUACCUCUGCUUCUGCCUGAAGGGGACCACAGGACCCAACUGCGAGGUCAACCUGGACGACUGUGCCAGCAGCCCCUGCGACUCGGGCACCUGUCUGGACAAGAUUGACGGCUACGAGUGUGCCUGUGAACCGGGCUACACGGGGAGUAUGUGCAACAUCGAUAUCGACGAGUGUGCGGGCAGCCCCUGCCACAACGGCGGCACGUGCGAGGACCGCGUCAACGGCUUCACCUGCCGCUGCCCCGAGGGCUACCAUGACCCCACCUGCCUGUCCGAGGUCAACGAGUGUAACAGCAACCCCUGCGUCCACGGGGCCUGCCGGGAUGGCCUCAACGGGUACAAGUGCGACUGUGACCCUGGGUGGAGCGGGACCAACUGUGACAUCAACAACAACGAGUGUGAGUCCAACCCCUGCGUCAACGGCGGCACCUGCAGAGACAUGACCGGCGGCUACGUGUGCACGUGCCGGGAGGGCUUCAGCGGCCCCAACUGCCAGACCAACAUCAACGAGUGUGCGUCCAACCCGUGUCUGAACCAGGGCACGUGCAUUGAUGACGUUGCCGGGUACAAGUGCAACUGCCCGCUGCCCUACACAGGCACCACGUGUGAGGUGGUGCUGGCCCCAUGCGCCCCCAGCCCCUGCAGAAACGGCGGGGAGUGCAGGGAAUCUGAGGACUACGAGAGCUUCUCCUGCGUCUGCCCCACAGGCUGGCAAGGACAGACCUGUGAGGUGGACAUCAACGAGUGUGUGAAGAGCCCGUGUCGGCACGGGGCGUCCUGCCAGAACACCCAGGGCGGUUACCGCUGCCAGUGCCAGGCCGGCUACAGCGGGCGCAACUGCGAGACGGACAUUGACGACUGCCGGCCCAAUCCAUGUCACAAUGGCGGCUCCUGCACAGACGGUGUCAACACGGCCUUCUGCGACUGCCUGCCCGGCUUCCAGGGCACUUUCUGUGAGGAGGACAUCAACGAGUGUGCCAGCGACCCCUGCCGCAACGGGGCCAACUGCACGGACUGCGUGGACAGCUACACGUGCACCUGCCCCGCGGGCUUCAGUGGGAUCCACUGUGAGAACAACACUCCCGACUGCACGGAGAGCUCCUGCUUCAAUGGUGGCACCUGCGUGGACGGCAUCAACUCCUUCACUUGCCUGUGCCCACCCGGCUUCACGGGCAGCUACUGCCAGCACGACGUCAACGAGUGCGACUCACAGCCCUGCCUGCACGGCGGCACCUGCCAGGACAGCUGCGGUUCCUACAGGUGCACCUGCCCCCAAGGCUACACUGGCCCCAACUGCCAGAACCUCGUGCAUUGGUGUGACUCCUCACCCUGCAAGAACGGGGGCAAAUGCUGGCAGACCCACACCCAGUACCGCUGCGAGUGCCCCAGUGGCUGGACCGGCCUAUACUGCGACGUGCCCAGCGUCUCAUGUGAGGUGGCUGCCCAGCGGCAAGGUGUUGACAUUGCCCGCCUGUGCCAGCACGGGGGGCUGUGUGUGGACGCCGGCAACACACACCACUGCCGCUGCCAGGCGGGCUACACGGGUAGCUACUGUGAGGACCUGGUGGACGAGUGCUCACCCAGCCCCUGCCAGAAUGGGGCCACCUGCACUGACUAUCUGGGCGGCUACUCCUGCAAGUGUGUGGCCGGCUACCACGGGGUGAACUGCUCCGAGGAGAUCAAUGAGUGCCUGUCCCAUCCCUGCCAGAACGGGGGCACCUGCCUCGACCUCCCCAAUACCUACAAGUGCUCCUGCCCACGGGGCACGCAGGGUGUGCACUGCGAGAUCAACGUGGACGACUGCAACCCGCCCGUCGACCCCGUGUCCCGGAGCCCUAAGUGCUUUAACAACGGCACCUGCGUGGACCAGGUGGGCGGCUACAGCUGCACCUGCCCGCCGGGCUUCGUGGGUGAGCGUUGUGAGGGGGACGUCAACGAGUGCCUCUCCAAUCCCUGCGACGCCCGCGGCACCCAGAACUGCGUGCAGCGCAUCAACGACUUCCACUGCGAGUGCCGUGCGGGUCACACCGGGCGCCGCUGUGAGUCAGUCAUCAAUGGCUGCAAGGGCAAACCCUGCAAGAACGGGGGGACCUGCGCCGUGGCCUCCAACACCGCCCGCGGGUUCAUCUGCAAGUGCCCUUCGGGCUUCGAGGGCGCCACGUGUGAGAACGACGCACGUGCGUGUGGCAGCCUGCGCUGCCUCAAUGGCGGCACCUGCAUCUCCGGCCCGCGCAGCGCCACCUGCCUGUGCCUGGGCCCCUUCACGGGCCCCGAGUGCCAGUUUCCCACCAGCAGCCCCUGCCUGGGUGGCAACCCCUGCUACAACCAGGGCACCUGUGAGCCCACGUCCGAGAGCCCCUUCUACCGCUGCCUGUGCCCCGCCAAAUUCAACGGGCUCCUGUGCCACAUCCUGGACUACAGCUUCGGGGGCGGGGCCGGGCGCGACAUCCCCCCGCCGCAGAUCGAGGAGGCGUGCGAGCUGCCGGAGUGCCGGGAGGACGCGGGCAAUAAGGCCUGCAGCGUGCAGUGCAACAGCCACGCGUGCGGCUGGGACGGCGGCGACUGCUCCCUCAACUUCAACGACCCCUGGAAGAACUGCACGCAGUCUCUGCAGUGCUGGAAGUACUUCAGCGACGGCCGCUGUGACAGCCAGUGCAACUCGGCUGGCUGCCUCUUCGACGGCUUCGACUGCCAGCGCGCGGAAGGCCAGUGCAACCCCCUGUACGACCAGUACUGCAAGGACCACUUCAGCGACGGGCACUGUGACCAGGGCUGCAACAGCGCAGAGUGCGAGUGGGACGGGCUGGACUGCGCGGAGCACGUGCCCGAGAGGCUGGCGGCCGGCACGCUGGUGGUGGUCGUGCUCAUGCCGCCGGAGCAGCUGCGCAACAGCUCCUUCCACUUCCUGCGCGAGCUCAGCCGCGUGCUGCACACCAACGUGGUCUUCAAGCGCGACGCAAACGGCCAGCAGAUGAUCUUCCCCUACUACGGCCGCGAGGAGGAGCUGCGCAAGCACCCCAUCAAGCGCGCCGCCGAGGGCUGGGCCACGCCCGGCUCCCUGCUGGGCCAGGUGAAGGCCUCGCUGCUCUCUGGUGGCGGCGGGGGCGGGCGGCGGCGGAGGGAGCUGGACCCCAUGGACAUCCGUGGCUCCAUCGUCUACCUGGAGAUUGACAACCGGCAGUGUGUGCAGGCCUCCUCGCAGUGCUUCCAGAGCGCCACCGACGUGGCCGCGUUCCUGGGGGCGCUUGCCUCCCUGGGCAGCCUCAACAUCCCCUACAAGAUCGAGGCCGUGCAGAGUGAGACCGUGGAGCCGCCCCCGCCGGCGCAGCUGCACUUCAUGUACGUGGCGGCAGCCGCCUUUGUGCUCCUCUUCUUCGUGGGCUGCGGGGUGCUGCUGUCCCGCAAGCGCCGGAGGCAACAUGGCCAGCUCUGGUUCCCCGAGGGCUUCAAGGUGUCCGAGGCCAGCAAGAAGAAGCGGCGGGAGCCCCUUGGCGAGGACUCCGUGGGCCUCAAGCCCCUGAAGAACGCCUCAGACGGUGCCCUCAUGGAUGACAACCAGAAUGAGUGGGGGGACGAGGACCUGGAGACCAAGAAGUUCCGGUUCGAGGAACCCGUGGUUCUGCCUGACCUGGACGACCAGACAGACCACCGGCAGUGGACCCAGCAGCACCUGGAUGCCGCUGACCUGCGCAUGUCGGCCAUGGCCCCCACGCCGCCCCAGGGCGAGGUCGAUGUCGACUGCAUGGAUGUCAACGUCCGAGGGCCUGACGGCUUCACCCCGCUCAUGAUCGCCUCCUGCAGCGGCGGCGGCCUGGAGACGGGCAACAGUGAGGAGGAGGAGGACGCGCCAGCUGUCAUCUCCGACUUCAUCUACCAGGGCGCCAGCCUGCACAACCAGACGGACCGCACGGGCGAGACUGCCCUGCACCUGGCCGCCCGCUACUCACGCUCUGACGCCGCCAAGCGCCUACUGGAGGCCAGCGCGGACGCUAACAUCCAGGACAACAUGGGCCGCACUCCGCUGCACGCGGCCGUGUCUGCCGACGCCCAAGGCGUCUUCCAGAUCCUGAUCCGGAACCGAGCCACAGACCUGGACGCCCGUAUGCACGAUGGCACGACCCCGCUGAUCCUGGCUGCCCGCUUGGCCGUGGAGGGCAUGCUGGAGGACCUCAUCAACUCGCAUGCCGACGUCAACGCCGUGGAUGACCUGGGCAAGUCUGCCCUGCACUGGGCCGCCGCCGUGAACAAUGUGGACGCCGCAGUGGUGCUCCUGAAGAACGGGGCGAACAAGGACAUGCAGAACAACAAGGAGGAGACGCCCCUGUUCCUGGCCGCCCGGGAGGGCAGCUAUGAGACCGCCAAGGUGCUGCUGGGCCACUUUGCCAACCGGGACAUCACGGACCACAUGGACCGCCUGCCGCGGGACAUCGCGCAGGAGCGUAUGCACCACGACAUCGUGAGACUGCUGGACGAGUACAACCUGGUGCGCAGCCCGCAGCUGCACGGGGCCCCGCUGGGGGGCACGCCCACCCUGUCGCCCACGCUGUGCUCGCCCAACGGCUACCUGGGCAGCCUCAAGCCUGGUGUGCAGGGCAAGAAGGUCCGAAAGCCCAGCAGCAAAGGCCUGGCCUGCGGCGGCAAGGAGACCAAGGACCUCAAGGCGCGGAGGAAGAAGUCCCAGGACGGCAAGGGCUGCCUGCUGGACAGCUCCGGCAUGCUUUCACCCGUGGACUCCCUGGAGUCCCCCCACGGCUACCUGUCGGACGUGGCCUCGCCGCCGCUGCUGCCCUCCCCAUUCCAGCAGCCUCCAUCCGUGCCCCUCACCCACCUCCCCGGCAUGCCUGACACCCACCUGGGCAUCGGGCACCUGAACGUGGCAGCCAAGCCCGAGAUAGCGGCGCUGGGUGGGGGCGGCCGGCUGGCCUUUGAAGCCGGCCCCCCACGUCUCUCCCAUCUGCCCGUGGCGUCCGGCACCAGCACCGUCCUGGGCUCCAGCAGCGGAGGGGCUGUGAAUUUCACUGUGGGCGGGUCCACCAGUUUGAAUGGUCAGUGUGAGUGGCUGUCCCGGCUGCAGAGCGGCUUGGUGCCGAACCAGUACAACCCCCUGCGGGGGGGCGUGGCCCCGGGCCCCCUGGGCUCGCAGGCCCCCUCCCUGCAGCACAGCAUGGUGGGCCCUCUGCAUGGCGGCCUUGCUGCCAGCGCUCUGCCCCAGAUGAUGAGCUACCAGGGCCUGCCCGGCACCCGGCUGGCCACCCAGCCUCACCUGGUGCAGCCCCAGAACUUACAGAUGCAGCCACAGAACCUGCAGCCACCAAACAUCCAGCAGCAGCAAAGCCUGCAGCCACCGCUGCCACCACAGCCGCACCUCAGCGUGAGCUCCUCAGCCAGCGGCCACCUGGGGCGGAGCUUCCUGAGCGGAGAGCCCAGCCAGGCGGACGUGCAGCCACUGGGCCCCAGUGGCCUGGCAGCGCACACCAUCCUGCCCCAGGAGAGCCCCGCCCUGCCCACGUCGCUGCCGUCCUCGCUGGUCCCACCCGUGACCGCGGCCCAGUUCCUGACGCCCCCCUCGCAGCACAGCUACUCCUCCUCCCCCGUGGACAACACCCCCAGCCACCAGCUGCAGGUGCCCGAGCACCCCUUCCUCACCCCGUCUCCCGAGUCCCCCGACCCGUGGUCCAGCUCGUCCCCACAUUCCAACGUCUCUGACUGGUCCGAGGGCGUCUCCAGCCCGCCCACCAGCAUGCAGUCCCAGAUUGCCCGCAUUCCGGAGGCCUUCAAGUAAACCGCGGGCCCCACGGGACCCGGCUUCCGUUCCCAAGCCCGGCUGGCGUCGGUGCGCGCUCUGUGGACGCUGGGGCCGACCAGAGGAGCGUUUUUUAAAACACAUGUUUUUAUACAAAAUAAGAAAAAGGAUUUUAAUUUUUUUUUGGUAUUUAUUUAUGUACUUUUAUUUUACACAGGAACACUGCCUUUUUAUUUAUAUGUACUGUUUUAUCUGGCUCCAGGUAGAAACUUUUAUCUGUUCUAAGAAAACAAGCAAGUCCUGAGAGCCAGGAUUUUCCUACGCAGGAUAAAAAGAUUCUUCUGUGUUUAUAAAAUAUAAACAAAGAUUCAUGAUUUAUAAAUGCCAUUUAUUUAUUGAUUCAUUUUUUCAAAAUCCAAAAAGAAGUGAUGUUGGAGAAGGGAAGUUGCACGAGGUGGUCCAGAAAGCUCCUGGGUGUCCGGGCUGUGCCCUCUCCCCGAUGCCCACCAACCCCGAGCCCAGGCCGCUGCGACAGCAUCUUCUGUGUUUGUGAGGAGCUGCUCCCAGAGCUGAACUGAGGCAGAACCUACACCUUCGGCAUGUGGAUCAGCUUGCAUCUGAAAUAGGAAACGAGGAAAAGGAUAUGGUUUAGCUGUUUCAGUGUUGUUUUUAAAGGAGGUUUUGCAAGCGUGAUUUCGAAAAUGUGUUCUUGGAAUCCGUAUGGCGGGAGCACAGCCACGGUACCGGUCGUGAGUCUUCGUUUCGGGCUCAGUCUGACGUCGUAGUUCGUUGUUCUGGCAGGUUCUUGGUCUCUCCAGAACCACCCUGGCCCCUGGCCCAUUCUUGAAAUUUGGGCAUCGUCCAUGUGAGACAUGAGGUGUGUGGACCGUGGCACUCGCCUGGGUCACACACGGAGGAAUCCUGCCCCUUUCUGGGGAAAGACACUGCCUGGGCUGACCCCGGCGGCGGCCCCAGCAUCUCAGCCCGAACAGCGUCCCCCAGGCCCUGAGGCCGACGCGCCGGCUCAGCCUGGGUCCCGGCUUGUGGGACCCGACUCCGCGUGGGCUCUCGUGUUUCGUAGGAGACCUGCCAGAGCCAGCCGCAUCGAGCUGUGGAAUGCCAUGGGCUGUGUCCCUCAGUCCUCUCCCCACGGCCCUGGCAGCUGUGGGGGCGCGUGGUCGGGCGGGGGCUGGAGGGAGGCGGGGGGCUGCCCUCAGGCCACCCCUCCUAGUUUGGGAGGAGCAGAUUCUUGCGAUACCAAGUAUAGCCUAUGGCAGAAGAAACGUCUGUAAAUAUGUUUUUAAAGGUGGAUUUUGUUUAAAAAAUCUCAAUGAAUGAGUCUGUCGUGUGUCAUGCUGAUGAGGGACGUCAGGUCCGGCUUGCUGGGGGAGCCUCCGCUGCCUGCGCUCCUCAGGGCAGUUUCCCUGGCUCUGUGGGUGCCAAGCUGUGCCAUCCCCGGGGGGCAUGACCAGACAGGUCCCAAGAUGUUGAUUCUCACUGUGUUUUGUAAGAUAGAGUGUAGUUUACAGAAAAAGACAACUUUUUAAAAAGUGAUCUACAUGCAAAACUGUAGAUGACAUAUUUUUUUCAUCUUUUUUGUUAACUGAUUUGCAAUAAAAAUGAUACUGAUGGUG